AUGAGGUACGAUGACCUGCGCAAGGAGUAUAGAGAGAAGUUGAGUCCCCGCAGCUCACGCUACUUUGAGUGUGCUGGUUGCGAAAACGGUGGCUUCGAACCCUGUGUCGACAAGAUCGUUGCGCGGUUUGUCAGCCUUGUCGAGUCGAGAUACAUGUCAACAUCGAACGAAUUCCGGCCGAUGGAGUUUUCGCAUAAAUCUCAAUACUUCGCCCUCGACGUUAUCAGCGAGCUUUCUUUCGGAGAGGCACUCGGAUUCUUGGCCAACAACGAGUAUUUGUUCGGUUACGUGGCGACCAAUAACCUCGUCUUUCCGUAUCUUAGAUUCAUGCUCAACAUACUUAGUACCCUGGUCGAGCAGACGAUCGCGGGUUCAGAUUCUACUGCAACAGCGGUACGCAUAACCAUGCUCUACCUCCUCAACAUACCGGCAUCCCUAAUCGCCCUGCGCCGCGAGAUGGACAACGGCAUCGCCCAAGGCCGCAUCAGCUCCCCGAUCCGCGACUCGGAAGCCCGCCAGCUACCUUACCUGCAAGCCGUCAUUAGAGAAGCGCACAACAAUGCUCCAUUCCUAAUCUGGUGCGGCCAGUGUGGAAAGGACGCGUUUGGCUGUGACGUGGACGUGUUCCGGCCGGAGUGCUGGCUGGAAGCUGCCGAAGACGAAGAGCGCUUUGGGGCGAUGUGUGGCGUCGUUGACCUUGCAUUUGGACAUGGGCGAUUUUAG